AUGCCCGACCCCCACUUCUCCGAUCUCAUCCUCCCCCAAAAUGAACAACUCUCCAUGUCCCAGUUGAUGGCCUCUCUCAAACGCACAACACUCACAAUCCAUAACCGUCUAACCAGCAUUCAAACCGACGCAGAGUUUGUAGACAAUGUGUCUCAUUCAUAUGCCCCACGACCACUCGUUGCCAAUGAACGUUGUGGUAGUUGGUAUAUCCCUCCUGAGCGGAAAGGCGCGAGUGCGUAUUUCAAAAGUACGGAUGGUCACGAAAGAGCCUGGAAGUUUAGCACGAGGAGAUUAAAUCUUCAUUUGGUUGAAAUCAUUGAGAAGAACGAUGGUAUCAUAAUCGUCGAUUCUACUCGUCGUGGCAAGCGAAUGCCCGAUGCCCUCUCUUCCACAAUCCCCAUCUGGUGCACCGUUCUUAACCUCGCUAUUCUCCCCUCACACCCUUCCUCCAGCAAGCUUUACCUCCCAGCUCAUCUUCCUGCAACGACUCACUCACAAAUUUCCACUCUCAUCCCUGGAUUUGUUGCCUCCUUUAAAGCUCUCAACCUAAAUCUCCCAACAUGUCUCACCAAGCCACUGCGCCCGUUCUGGGUAACUCCUGAUUCGACCCUUCCUUCACCGGAAGAUACAGAGUCCAUAUUCGAGGAUUUCCGGCCUGUGAUAUGCUGCACGGCUAGUCACCGUGUGGUAGAAAGUGAGAUGGGCGAGGGCGGAUACAUCCAGGGUGCAGGCGAUGAUACUGAAAUGUGGGCACAUGGUCUCGAGUCGCCCUUGUUCUGGGAGAAUAUCAAUGAGCUUCUUGAGACACCAGAAGCAGAACUGCCAGGUCUCAUCUCUAGGAUAGUCGACGAACAAGCGACUAGCAAGAAAGAUGAAGGUUCUCAAAUACAGAUCGUGCCUCACAUAUCUGUAUGCGCUUUGCCCCUUCCUGCCAUGCCCACCGAAUGUCGCAUAGCCAUAACCCAAGAUACAACACCAAAGGACUCAUGGUUAAAGUCUAAAACAUAUAUGCAAGCUGGCCUUGGGAAAAGCAAGCUGGCAAGUCGGAAUCUUCGCACUGCGCUACCUGAAAUAUGCGACUUCGCUGCUAAAUAUCUUGCCUCGGUUGAGGAACCUGGUGAACGACGUAUUGCUGUGGCAUGUGAGUCUGGAAAGGAUCUAUCAGUUGGUGUGGCCCUUGCCAUAUCAUGCUACCUGUUCGACGAUGAAGGAAAGAUCAGGGAUUCGACAAAAAAUGUCUCGUUUACGAAGAACUUGAUCAAGUCGAGAUUAGGCCUCAUCAUGACAGCUUAUCCUGGGGCGAAUCCUAGUCGUGCCACAUUGCAGAGUGUUAACAGCUUCUUAAUGGAUUGGCGGAAAUAA